CUGCGGUUUUCUGUUACGGAAGAAACACUCACAUAUCGUCGCAUGCUUUAUACUGGUAUAUUCAAACACAUAUGUUUAGCAUCUCGGAACAAAUAUGAAAGCAUCAACUUUACUGUUAUUGCUACUAUCGCCCGUUUCCUUUGCUGGCCAGCUAUACUAUCCACCGCUAUAUUGGCAUAAAGAUGACUGUCGGUAAGUGAGCAUCGCUACAGACAUUAUUUUAUUAAAAUACCAUCGAUAACAUACCAAUACAAACUGAUCGAUUGAAUAUGCGACUCCUUCUAUAAGUUAGCAUUGUGUGGAAUCUCUUCGUUGUGGAAAACUCCCCUUUACUUUUGUCCUGAAGUAGUGUAGAUUAUGAACUAAAGUUGUUCUAAAUAAAUAAAACGGAGUUUAUUAAGUUAAGACAGUUCAGUGCAGUACUAUAUCGCACCGACAUUUAAUACGACCGCGAUACCAUACGCAAAUACACAAACAAAACCGGUUAUUCCAAAUAAAUAUAAUAUUUCCCCAUCGUUAUUUGGCUGACAAUGACUAAAGCAUUGUAGAAAGCCAGAAUAUAUAUUUAAAUGUUCGUAUACUUGGAAUUACCGAUUUUGUGUUUUGCAUAAAAACACUCGUUGUAGCAAGUUAAUAUAGUAACACUUAUGAGACGUUACGAGGCAUUCGCCAAUUAAUAGCCAAUUUAAUAGCUAAUACGCUGGUAUAUAUGUGGUAAUGCACAUUAUUAUUGUUAGAAAUAUAUUGUGUUUUCUAUAAUGGCCGCUAUUUCGACCAAAAUAUACAAGCAAAAGCGAGUUAAUCCUUAUUUUCUUCCGAAAUAACCAAUAUAAUUACGGAUGGCAUACAAAUUGCGCGUGUGGUAUUUGCCUAGUAAUAUAUCAAUUGGCCAGCAUAGUUUGCACUGAGUUACUGUCAUGGGUAAAAACACAUCGCAUUCACCUAAUUGUCGCUAUUUCGACGAAAAUAUACAAGCGAAAGCGGGCUAAUCCUCUGUUUGGUUUCGCUGACAUGUUUAAUGCUUCACUCACGAAGCCAAAACAAUGCGACGUUUAAGAUAUGGUCAGUGUGUCAACGACAUGCGGUGACGGUUUGCAGUGGAAAUGGUUAAAAUGUCCGAGUAUCGCUACAUGCAGAGCGUAUCAUUUCGACUGUUUGGUUAGAGUAGAAAGCUAUGAUAGCUUUAACUUUUGCUAAAUAAUGCUAAUCGGAAUUGCUGUGGUCAACAAUUCAUGUGGUCGAUUCGAGUUUGCUAGACGCCUUGCCCAAACUAUUCAAAAUUAUUAUCAAACAUUUCGAUGGUAAUUUGAUUAACCGCUUACUCGUUUAGCACCCUUCUUCGGCUGAAUUGCAUAACAAGUAUAAACCACGAUGUUGCUAAAAACGUUAAGCGAACUCUUUUAUACGAGUCCUUUGUAGUAUAGGUUGUUGCAUUCAGUAUAUGCAAAAUUUGGUUUCGAUGAAAGCCCUUCGUCACAUCAGAUACUAUAUCUGACACUGCAAUUGGCGCAUGGUGUAUGCUAUACCACAUUACAUAUAUUUUUAAAACACGAUAUGUAGCCACAAUUAUUAAAGAAAAGAUUUUAAGUCUAUAUGUUAUGUUUAUAACUUAAUUAUAACUAAAUCGGUAUUCACCAAUUUAUAGGUACAUCUGUUGCAUUUACAGUUGUGCCUGGUAUUAAAAGUACCAACGACCAAAAAGUGUGAACCAAAAAAAAACAUAACAGUUCUAUUUUGACUUUUUGGUACGGGUAUUUUGUCUGUAUUUAACUAGACAACCAGACGCUUGAUUUGCAUUUGACUAUUGUAAGUUUGUCCUUAAAGCCAGGAAAGAUUAAAUCUGAAUCCCAAAAGCUUUUCUCAAACUAUGUCGCAGUCUGGUUGACUGAGUGAUACCACAAUUCAAAAGUCGCAUGAAAAUGUGUCUAAUACAUGACAGACGCAAUUUUUCAUCGCCUGAACUAGUGUUGCGGCGGUUGGCUGCAGCAGCUCCCAGCUUUGUGUGAGAAUAGUAUUUAUUGAAUAGUCUAUAUAUAGGCCCUGAGAGUUCAUUUCAUAUCAUAAUAAAAUGUAUUACCAAGCGUGUUACGUGUAUUCAAGCUCCUAUUAAUAUAUCAUAUACUAUAUAUUGUAAACAGCUACCAAGCCGUAAUCGAAAUACACUCGAAACAAGCCUAGUCCGGACUUUAUAGUGACUUAGUCAAGCGAUUACAAACUUUGGCCUGUAAAAUAUACAAUCGCAAAUUUCGUUUAUAAUACGGACCAGAAUCUUUCAAUGCGCUAGAGGAUACAGUACUUAUAGACUCUUCAGCAAGCGAUUAUAAAUUUUUGUUUGGAUGCCUAGAGGGUAUACUUAAGUGAUUAUAUUUUUUUUGCAUGUAAAAUAUUCAAUGUUCAUUGAUUUAAAAUAUGUGACCAUUUAUGUUGGUGGUGAUAAAAUGUUACAAAUAUUCAAAAUUCACUUGAUCAAAUGAUUAUACUUUUGCCUGCAAAAUAAACAAUGCCAUGAUAUUGUGUUAUGGUGACCCAAUGAAAAUGUUUUGACUAUGGUUUUGACGCGUUAAACGAUUAGUUUUCAUAAUUUAAUUGCAAAGAAACAACACAGAGUGAUUAUUGUUGAAAACCAAAACUAUAGCAAUUAUUUACUCUAUACAGUAUAAUAGAUAAAUGUGGUAGCAUUAUUAUUUAUAUUGAACAUUUAAUUAAUGUACUGUUAUAUUUGAAAUGUAUCGGAAUAUCCGAUUUCGACAUGUCACAUGUGUUAUGAGUUCACGUUUGACCGCAAAGUCUCGCCGACCAUCGUCAACAUCGAGGUGGUUCAAAUUUUGAUUUGUGUAUAUAAUAAUAUCCAGUCACCUUUCAUCAACUCUCACGCAACUCUUGUUCUCGUUUGACCGGGGCAUGAGAGUUGAGAACAUUCUCAUGCAAACUCUCGCUUGUCAACUCUCAUUCUCGUUUGACCGGGGCUUAUGUUAUGUUAGAAAUGUUCAUGCAAUAUGGCGAGGGUAUCUGACGUUGUUGCUCCACAAACCCAUAAUCAUUGGCAUUGCGUGGAAUAGGUCAAAGUUUAGUGCCUACCGAUGUUAGAGAGAACGACAGCUUGCAACAAAAACUUAAGACCUAAACUGUCUUUAUGGCAGUAUUACCAAGCGCGCAAGGGAAAACAUGGACUCAACUUUGAAAAGUUAUUUUAGAUCUCUCUAAAAUAAUGUUAACGUAAGGGUCAUCCCUUAUUGCUCCAGUGUUAAUUUACUACGAGGCUUUCGCUUGCCACUCCUAUGACCAUUGCUAUAUGCACGUUCGAUCUAUGCCAAAAACGCACAUCAGCAUUUGCAUUGAAUAGAUUUGUCUGACAAAAUGCUAUUUGCAUUGUUCUGAGGUAGACAAUUACUUGUGUAGCCCUUGGCUAAAAUCACUUAAAACGCUACUUUCAAAAUGAAACUGAGCUCGUGCGAUGUGGAUUUAAUUAGAAUACCAUGUCUGCUGGCAAACUAGAAAACCCACAUUUGGUGUCAAUUUAUAGUCAGCCAAGAGAUUUGCGCUAAGUUAAACUAACGACAUAACGAUUGCAAAUUAGAUUCAAUUCGAAUUGAGUCGGCCCAUUUGAUUGAAUUUUGUGUGCUUUUUUCGAUCCGCUUGAGCAAUUUGGUAGAUAGCACGCGAUACUAUUCAAUUUCAGUUAUUAUGUAUAUCGCGGUGCUUACAAUGCUCAAUAGCGAUUGUAUGUGAUAUCCAAUUUGUAUCGAAAACUCGUGGUGUGACUGUCGGUAAACUGAUAGCGUGCUGAGGAAAAUAGAUAACCUCUUAACGAAUGGAAAAUAUUUCGCGCAUUAAAAUAGAAAUAUUUUUAACACAAUUAUUAUAUUUAAUUAAAAUAAAUAACAGCUUUUGGACGUAUCACGCUUGCUAUAAUGAACGGUAUUAUUUAUUUACAGCAUCACUUGUAUCACACUUGCCUUUCACUAAGCUGACACCCGGGUUCAAUCCUAAGCUGACACCCGGGUUCAAUCCUUGGUCGGACCUCUACUCAAGGUCUUAAAAUAAUUGAGGAGAAAGGGCUACCUUUACAUUAACAUCAGUAAAUGGUUUAACUUUUUUAUAUAUAAAUGAAAACAGAUGUUUCAAUAUAUAUACUGCUUGUUAGACAGCAUAAUACAUUAAGGUAGAAAAUUUAGUGUUUCCUGUUAAAGAAGACACCAUUUUAUGGUUGGCAAAUUUGGCAACGCAACAGGGAAUUUUAUCCCGGAAAGGUUGGUCUGAUUGGAAAAUAUAUCUCAUUAUUUUUUCCUGUUUCAUCGUUUUACCUCUGACCUUUUUCUCUCCAAAAUCAUUUAUGACAAUUGAAAAUCGUUUAUCAUAAAGAGAAUAUAAUCAUUACAAACACUUUAGUUGUUUCCUAUUUCAUAUUGUAUAAGAUAUUAAUUGAACUUAAAUAUAUUGAUGGUUAAUAGGCAUUGUGGAACUUUUAACUCCGCUCGUAAUUUCCCCCCCCUUUCCACUAAUGCAGUUUAAAAACUGUUGUAUGUAAAACAACAGGAAUUAAGUAUAAUUACAAAUAAUUUAAAUGGUAUAGUGACUGAUAAUUUUGAACAAUUUUCUUGUUUUUUUUUUCCAUUUUCAGUAAACAAUGAUGGUUAUAACAAUAGAUUCAUAGAACCUUUUCAAUGUCACAUAUUUUCCAUCCUUCCCGCUAACUUGACAAUUAAAACUGCAGAAAGAUAAAAUACAUUAUUUAAUGAGUAAAUAAUGGGGAAAGGUAAUCUACAGUGAAAUUUAUUUUAUUGGGAUUAUCAACACUUUAUAUGGACUAAGCAGUAAUUUUUUACUGAAGUGUUUUGUCCUGGCUUUAAGUUUAAAUAUUCAUGAAAUAAUAAUAAUAAUAAUAAUAAUAGUUUGUAGAAAAGGCGUGUAUGUUUAGCUAUUGGCUCACGUUUCGUACGUGUGACCUCUUUCCUGCAAUUCUGCUCACUGGCAUGUUAAUUGAAAGUGGUUUAAGAGAAGGUGAAAAGAAUAAUAAUGAACAAUUUAGUUGUUUCCUAUCUUUAUCAUAAGAUAUUAAACUUUAAUAAUCUUGGUUGAUAAUAGGUGUUGUGGAUCCUGUUACCCACGUCAUAUGUUUUCCACCCUUUCCAUCAAUUUCAAGGGUUUUAAGAAAAUAUCCAGGAAGGACACAGCAGAUUAUUCAAUGAGUCAAUUAGAGGAUUGUGUGAACCUAAAAUUUAUAUAUGUGUCGGAAAAAGGUUUAAUGAUAUGUACAUAAACGUUAAUUGCAUCAGGGGCCCAUAAGGUCACCCAUGAGUACCAAUGUGCACGAACAAGCUUUGAGAUUGAUUAUUACAAUAAAAGACAAUCAAAUAUUUAAAUUACAUUUCUCAAGAACGAGUCAUAAACACUGAACACUUUUAUUUCAGAAGGCCAAUCACACAACGUGUUCACAUAUUUAUAAUGAGGUCUCAAAGUUAUUGGUUUAUCCUGUUGUAGUAUCCCCGCCAUUCGUUGUUGUUUUGGCGGUGUUUCUGGCUUUUUCGUUGCCACGUUGGCAUGUCGUUAUGUUUGACGAAAUGAAUAAAAUAAAAUAAAAAAUAGUUUGGAAACAUUUCUCAUUUGUAGGCUAAAAAAGUAUGAAGAGACUAUAUUAUAAUAUAAUUGUUGUUAAAAACAAAGGGUUUACUUAAAAUUAAGUUUUUCUUCAAUAUAAAUCUUAAAAGUAGUGCGUGCUUAACAUUAAAAAUCUAUAUAUUUAUUAUACUGCUUUUAUAAAAAAAAGUUUUGAUGAAUACGAAGGUCCAAGACGAAGUAUUCACGCAGGUUUCAAAUUACUGAAAACUAUUACGAAAUGCAAAUAGAUGGGCUAAAUGAUUACACGACUGGAUUUGCCUUUUAAAGUUUACAAAAUAUUUUAGCGAUUGAUGAAUGGAAAUUUUCUGCGGGAUAUUGGUAGCAUAGUGGUUCACAGUCGCGAGAAAUGGUUAGAAUUCUGAAUCAUGUUGUUUAAUCCUGUCAUUCUUCCUUUUCGUGUCAAAUACCAACCGAAACAUCCGUAGCCUGGUGUUUCCAGGUGCUACAUGGAAUCAUAUUUCAUAACAAAAUCCUUUUGGAUUGUAUAAAUUCCCAUGCAAAAAUUUCCAGCCUUUCGACCGCAAACCGUAUCAGUUCUAAUUGUAAAUUUUUGUUUCCUUUUCUGUUGACCGAUAUCGACGUGAAUUUGGAGUUAUUACUAGUGUACAAUAUUAGGCAAUUGCGAUAGGAUAAAUAUCGAUAUUUCAAAAAUAUCGAUAUUCGAUUUUUCGCAUACGAAGAUAUCGAAAGUUGUAACUAAACAACUUAAUCUCCGAUUAUUCGGCAAUUAUUGUUCUCACCAGUGAAGUUUAGACAACGUGUGUAUGGCGGCAAUUGCGAACAAACGUAAUGUGAAACCAUUCUUAAGGCUGCAUUCCAGUUACGCGUUUUUCAUACGUGCGUACACGCACGUAAAAGUUGAAUUCGCUUAAAAUUUCAUAUAAGUGCAAAUAACUUUAACAAAUACACAUUAAAUCAUACACAAAACUGAAUGCUCUCCUUUUAUAAAUUUAGUUAUUUCAUAAGUAGGAUGUAAAGCGAAUUCAACUUUUACGUGCGUGUACGCACGUAUGAAAAACGCGUAACUGGAAUGCAGCCUUAAGGCUUGUAAAUAUAUCUUUAAUAAACUUUCAUAAACAGAUAAACCGUUGUUAAUAAGUCUCUGAGACGUAUCAUGACUGGUUUCAUGCAUUUCUUUUUAACUGUUUGUGAUAUGUACACAAUGUAUACAUGGUUGAUUAAAUUACGUUUUCUCAUUUGCAUAAUUCGAUAUAGUCGAUAUAUUAUUAUCGAUAUUUUUUUCCGAUAUCGAUUUUUUUCAAUAUCGCAACUGCCUAUACAAUAUGUUAUUAUUAUUAUUAUUAUUAUUAAAACAUCUUUAUACACGGUAGCUAAUCAACUAUAAAAUAUUUACAAGGCUUUCGUUGCUUUUCAUUAGGCCGUGUAGUUACAAACAGUAUAAGAAACUCCCAUCCACCCUCCCCAUAUAAUAACAGUGAAAUCUUCACACUCAAACCCCACCCAAAUAAGAUAAAAGAUAAUUCAAGAGUUUUUAUUUGUCUCAUUCCAAACUUUAGCAGCAGCGUAACCGAAAGUACGUUUCACUGAAUUUGUUUUUGGCUUUGACAACAUCAACUUAUUAUUAUUGCUUCGUAAUUCAUAUCUCACAGAGUUGGAUAAUCUGAACAUAUCCGAAAUGUUCUUAGGACAUUGGCAUGUAAGAGCUUUUGAUACGUAUUUUAGUUGUUGUUCCUCCCUUCUUUCACUUAACGUUUUCCAUUCUAGUUUCUUUAAAAUAUCAAUCGAGCGUAUUUCAUAUGGGUCGCCGGUAAUAACUCUAGCAGCUCGGUUUUGAAGCUUCCCUCUUAAGUAUUCACCAUGACCACAGUUACCCCAAACCAUUUAGCAGUAAUCAAAGUGUGGUUGAACUAGGGCUUGGUAGAGAUGUUGAAGAAUUUUUCUGUAGAUGAAAAUUUCUAGUGUGAAUUUUAUACAUAUUUAGACCUAACCAGAAGCAACUGCGAAAAUGCAACUAUAUAUGGACCUUGGCAUGAAUGAAUCGAACAUGUGCAUGGCCAUGCGAUUCCGAUGCGAGCUCUAACCAACUGAGCUACAGAGUCCUGUUAUCGAGCUUAAAUCUUUACACAAUGGACGAUUUGCGCUUUAGAAAAAGUUUUAAUCUGGGAAUAACAAAGGAUAUUUUCGGAAAGAAGUUAUCAAAAUUAGAAAAACUGCAAAGUUUGGUUGCGAAAUGUUGUAAAAUACGGAAAAGAUAGCUCUACGAAGUUUGCAUACAUUUCUAUUACGUGCGGAAAUUGGUAACUAAUUAUAUAGUUACCAAUUCACGCACGUAAUACUUUUGUAUACAAAUUUGCCAACUUUGAAGGGCUAUAUUUUCCGUAUUUUACAACAUUUCGCAACCAAACUUUGUAAUAUUACUAAUUCCAAGACGCUCUUUCUAGCUAUGGUGAUAGAUUUCGUUGUUCUUACUUAGAUUAAAAUUUAGUCUAAAGCGUCCAUUGCAUGUCCAAAUAUUUAUGAUUUUAUGAUUGCAAGUCAAGACUGAGACGGAAUAAAAUUAAAAUUACUAAAAGUAAACUAUGUCCUGAUCCCUCCCUCCGAAUUCUACCAAUCACAGAGAUCUAUUUGACCUUAUUGUAAACAUUUUCCCAUGACAAACAUUGUACAUUCCUUAGUGUCAUUUUAGGCCAUAUUGAAUAUUUCAAUUUAAUUUUUGUUGACCGAUCAAAUUUACAGUUGUCAUGGAUUGUCUUAUCUUCUUUUAUCUAUUUUACUCGUGAUCAUAGUGUUUUGUUACCAUGACAACAAUAUAAGGAUUGGAUAACAAAUAUGAAUAUGUUAUCUGCAUAUAUGUCCACUGCAAUCUGGGUUCAGCAAUAUACUCAUAUAUUUUUUUAUCCUUUUUUUUUCAUCUAUCAAUAAACCCAUGUUAAUAUCGGGCAAUUUCCAUCAACGGCGACCAUUUUUGUCCGCCCACCUCAUUUUUUUCCCACCCGUACAGCUAUGACCUCCGCUUCGCCGCUUUCCUGUUUGUCUUCUUCUUUUAAAUUUUGUGAUUGUGUUAACGGCUGAAGUUUCCGGAAAUACUGUAAAUAAACACAAUAAGUUAGUAAACAAUGACCAUAGGGACUAGGAACAGCAUGUUUAGAAUGUUUAGAGCUGAUAUGGCAUGGACAUUCACUAUACAAAAUAAUGAUCCGGUGAUAAUACAUAUAUAUUGCACGGUAAAAAUCCUAUGAUACUAUGAAACGUCUUUAUUUACCUCGCGUGUGCUCAUUGCAUCAAUUAUAAGUAUAAGCAAUAGCAAUAUUUCAAUGGCAAAGGUAACAAACAGGUUUUUUGAAUAAAGAAUACUUUUGCAACAGCCUUAAGGCAAAGAAAUGUCAUAUAUUGUAUUGUAAUUAUAUGCUAAAACAAAAAGCGUGUAGGUUUGAAAUAAUGGACUUUAUGUUUUGUAUUAUAGUAACAGAAACAAUUUAAUUUAAUGGACUUCUGUAACAGGUAGUUUGGCAAAGUUAUGCCCAAUUAUGCCCAAAAUUGGUUAAUUGGUUAUCCGUUUACGUAAAUAUAAUACAGUAUCCGGUUAUACCCUGUGCACCCACGCAAACAUCUCACAUCUUGUACAGAAACAGCAUGUCUGCAUGCCAACAAGUCGUCAACAAGUUGUGUUCGCUCUGCUUGUUCUAAGUUGUCAACAAGUUUGAAACAAGCUGUUAACAGCUUGUAACCACCAUGUUGAUAUCAUCAGGCUUGUUGCAGCAACGGUUGUUUAAGGUAGUAAUAUAACCACUCAGCACAGUCAUGAUAUAACAAUGUUACAACCUUGUCCCGUCACAGUUGUUAGAACAACCUUGUAACAAGUCUGAUAAUGCCAUCAAGCUUCGGUUACAAGUUGUUAACAGCUGUUACAAACUUGUUACAACUGGGACACCUCGUGCAAUUUUGAUAGUCUUUGAAAAACUCACUCGUGCAUGUUUUUUUUCCAAAUUGCACUCGAAACAGUACAAUUACCUACUAAUAUGAACUUAGCCUGCGUGGCAGGCCCUCGAUUUUAUGGGGUGGGGGUGGGGUGAUUUUGGCAGGCCCUCAAUUUUAUGGGGGGGGGGCCUGAUUUGCAAAUCAGGCCCCCCAUAAAAUCGAGGGCCUGCCACGCAGGCUAAUAUGAACUGAAUGUUAACGAGCCUAAGCAAACGCCACUGCAGCUGAGCGGAUCAUAUAGGUGUAUUCUUUGAUAACAAUCUUUCAUGUUUAUGUCAUAGAUUUGAACACCAUGCCCAAAUCUUCUGAGCUGUGAAAUAAAGCUAUGUGACGGAUUAGCUUUUAAUCUCGUUCCACACUGUGUACAUAUAGAUAAUUAUGAAAAUACCCGAAGGCGAUGUGAAUUAGGUGUAUUGGUAAUGUGCAGUAUUUGUGCAAAAAUACAGUGUUCGUAGUCUAGCAACCUCUUAAUAGGCCCACACCUAUAAUGAAAAAUACUUUUGCAUGAGGGAGGGCUAUAAUUUAACGCCAAUUUGAAUUGCUGAAAAACAAACACCGAUACACGUAAAAUUUACAUUUACAUACAACAGAUUUGAUGUUUAAUUUCAAUUGUUUUUCAAUAGUCUUGAUUCAAACUCCAAGAUGGAAGACUUGUUUCGCCAUUUUAUCCGACCUUGUAAAAGACUAAUGGCUGAGCAAAAAUGUUUCCUUUUUCUUUCUAUUUUUGGGCAAAAUUUUAGUUUAUUUGCUUUCCAAGGUUGGCGAUAUUUGCACUGUCAUAUUUUUCGCUUGACCAGAUAUUGUAAUUAAACUACUACAAUGGUGAAGACGUUUAUAUGACAUUUUAAUUUUCAAACUCAUUACAACACGACAGUUCGACCUUUUGUGUGUGUGUUUUCCAUUACCCAACAAAUGAAACUUCACACCAGGGAGAAAAUAGCCAUUUCGCGAACCUUUUAAUUGUAUACACAUUCAUUUGUAGGUGAAUUUGUAUGGGUAGUAACAGAGUAUUGUUCCACAUUGUCUAUAGCCAACCCAGGUCUCAAUAUGAUUCUAUACUUAUGAAAGUCUACCCAUGCAUGGGAAGAGCUUCUAAUAUAUACAUGCAUUUAUAUUUAACGAUGGAUUUCUAUGGACAGUCAUUGACCAUUGUUCCAGACUGUCUGGCAAACAUCACGCAUCAAUGUAGAAAAUUCUACUCAUUAAAACCCAAAACUUCCAAAAGAGUGUUAAUACAUUUGAUGCCGACAACAAUGCCCCUUUCACCUUUUUUUGGCCUCGGCCUAGUCCCAGGUUCCCUCUCUCAGUGUUUAAUAUUGUUUUGCUCGUGGGAUACUGUGUACAUGCAGGCCUUUAAUACAUGCAUUUGGUUUUCAAGAUCAAUUUCUAUAGGUAUAUACUACAUUGAUCCACAUUGUCUUUAUAUAGCACUGAGAUGUCAUGCACCUUUCCCUUCAAAAUGGGAAUAUUGUAUGGACUGAAACAACAAUAGUUAUAGGUUAAAUGAUAUUUUCAUUGUUUCGCCUUCCAAGUGCUAUUACAAUUUACCAUCCAUUGGUCUGGAAGAAUUGCAUAUUGAUAAUACCCACUACAGAAUUCGCUGAACGGGAACCAUUUUCCUUCUAUAGACGUUUUUAAAAUUUGUUGUGAUUGCUGCAUAUGGCAACGCUGCCAAAAAUAUGUGAUAAAUUUAGCUUUGGUUAGUAAAGAAGCUUUAUUUUUUGGGUACAAUUGUAUAAUUUGCACGUACGUUUCGCGUCAUGCCGAACAAUAGGAUAAAAGCCUUUUCCAAUACAUUGACAUUGUCUUAAAAACUACAAGCGUAGUAAUCUAGAGACCUCUAGACGUUCUAUUUAUAAAAUCGUGGUGCGUCGAGGCAUCUAGUCCACAAGAUUAAGUUCAUUUAUAACAGUAUAGCUCUAUAAUUUAAAACUGCCUGUUUUUAUUAAAAGGUUCUUGAAACUUUAAACACAGGCCGCAUGACGCAUAUAUAUACGUACGCAGAAACGCGCACAAAUUGUUACAGAACUACAAACAAAUUGCAUGUAACAUGCAAUGUUGUUGUCCAGCCUGCAGAUGUUGCUACAGGUCUGGAACAAGUUGUUAUCUUACGUUGUUUAAUACAAGGUCAAUUAAUGGAACAGACUUAAUACUACACGUUGUUCCAACAAGAUUGUUCGUAACAAGUUGCUGCGUGCAUGCCUGUUGUCACCAAGUUGUCAACAACUUGUUAUGCGCAGACGAUAUCAACUGUCACUUGUUGCGAUGCUGUUUGCCUUAUGUUACAAGAUUAUAACAACUUGUCCCAGACUUGUCAACAGCUGGCCACUGGAAACAAGCAGUUAUUGAUUCAUCGAUAUCCAUGUCGGUGUAUCGGCUUAUCGGUACUAAAAUAGAAAUAUCGGUAUCGGUAAUCUGAUGAUGUCAUCUUUGAAUUUUGUGAAAUGACAUGGAAUAUCGAUGUCGGUAUCGGCAAAAUAUCGGUCCUUCAAUAUCGGUUAUCGGAAUAUCGGUGAAUUUCCAUAUCGGUGCAUCACUACAAGCAGUGCGAUGUACGCGAGUAUAGUACGAAAACUGCACUGUAUGGUUUUCAUAGCAGCAAUGUUGCUUAGAGACUUGUAGUUAAUUGCCCGUCUUUGCUGUGUGUAAGUUGUUUGUUAUCUGUAUGCUUAAUUAAAUGGAGAAUGUCCUGUCAUAACGCACGUUCUAAAAAAAUUGAAAUGUUUCAGGACACGUUUAGGUGUCCAGACAACCUUUGCAUGAGGUCUAAUAUUUUUUAAGAUUGAUAAAAAAUGUAAUUAAAUAAGUCAUAUAACACUAAGAACAAUUAAGAGAUGUGGGGGUAGGAGGUGUGUAGAGGUAUUUCAUUUGUUUACUCGAUGAGUUUGGAAUUGGUAUAGUCGGGAGGGGGCUUGCAAGGGGGGAAGCCUCGCAGUGCCUCGGAAGGUCGUCUCCAAUUGGAUGGGGGUUUUCUAAAGAACGAAGCAAUUCAUUGUUGUAAACACAAAAGCAAUUGUCAAAUCGAGCCAACGAAAACCACUCUUCCCAGCUACUGGUGCAAGACCUGAACAUGCAAGCCAGCACACCCUUUCCAUAAAAUGGGGCAGCCGAAAAUCCAUUCAGUAUAUACGAUAUGGCCAGCUCGUGCGUAUAACGUCAUGCACACGUAUUAUUUGGUCCAACUAUUUUGAGCCAUUAUGCACGGACAAUAUGUUGAAGAGCGUGCACUAUCAUGUGAAAAAAUAAUAUCAAAAAAUAAUAUCAUAACAAUAAUAUCAUAUAAAAAAUAUCAUAUAAAAAAAGCAAACAAAAAGUCCGCUGAUCUUGGAAUUAUUUUAUUGAUAUAAAUAUUUGUAAAAUUGAUCAUUCAUUUUAAUACUUUUUGUUUGUGGAAAAACCACGUAAAUUUAUCAUUCAUUUUAUUCAUUUAUUAACAACCAAGAUUUUUAUGUAUAUUGAUUUUGGUACAUAGCUAAAUACUGUUUUGAGGUUCUUACAAUUUUUAAGUAAUUAAUUAGCCUACUUUAACUUAAUAAUUCGAGUUUAUGUAUGGGUUUAUUAUAUUAAGGUAAAUAAUAGUAAAUAAAUAAUUUUUUAACUUGAACAUUUUUUAUUUGAUUUAAUUGCAUGGUUCCCAUAUAUUAAAUGCAUAUACUAAAAUUACAUACUAUUCUGAAGCAAUAUGCAUGUGUAUAUACAGAAUAAACAUUAUAUCGUGGCAUGAAAAUCCUACCAGAAACCCCACUAUAGUUUUUGCGUUUAUUGGUUUUCUCAUGAAUAAAAAGAUAAUUUUUUAAUACUUUAUUAAUUAAGUAACACUUUGAUAGUAUAUACGAAAUAGAGCCCAUAAAACAUUUGUAAGUUACAAAAGAAUGAGAUAAUAACCAAACUUGACGUCGGUUAAUAAAAUACAUUCUAAAAGAUCCCCAUGCAUGCAUCCCCAUAUGGAUUUCCUGCAUUCCUGCUGUAUUCGCUGACCACAUACAUUAAAACACUUAAAGAAAUGACCACAAUAUUGUUUAUAAAGUUGCUGUAUCCGCCCUAUAGCUAUCCCAGAUUGUUUUAAGGACAAAUAUUCGCACUAGGAGUAACCACAUGCCAAUUUAAAAAAAUUUGUUGAGGAAAUAAUAUGUGAGGUUUGGCCAAAUUAGAAAUACUUGGCAUGCUGCAUGUGAAUGUUUCUUUAUGGGAGUUUGGCUUCAAGUCAAAACUAAAAGGCCCCUUUAAGCGGUUCUUUGUACCAUUAUAGUGUUUGUUACGAUACAGAGCAAAACCUGUAUUGUGGAAUAUGCGCUGACAGGACUGACUUCAAAACUGGAUCCAAAUUCCAUGUCCAAAGCAAUUCCAUAAAAAUUCAGAAAAUUAAAGAAUUCAUUUUUCGACUGUUUUCUCGAAAAAUGGAAGUAAAGAUAACUAUAGUUUAUGCAAAUGUCUAUGAGGUUUUAAGAAAUAUGUUGAGCAAUAAGUUUUUUAUAAGCUGUAAUAAGUGAAUGAAAAAUAUAAAAAUAGUCAAAUAAAUUAAAUGAAUUUUGUAUUGAUUGUGAGCAAUGCCCUAAAUGGUUUGGUAGAAAUAUGGCCAGGAAAUCCGAGUUUUAUUUUAAGAAACGUGUCUUUUGCCAUGUUUUACACUGCUAAUUAAUAGUUACAUGUUUAUACUUUGUUAAUUUGUAGCCACACGCGAACAAAUAGAUGUUUUACCAAGCUACCGCAUUGCUGUUUGGAGAUGAAAUACAUUUAAUUAUUUCCGUAUAGGAACAGGAACAGGAGACAGAAAUAUUUACAAACUUUGCAAAAUGUCUUUUGACAUAACAAGUAAAUUGUUUGUUCUGCUAAAAUAAGCUGUUACUUAUAAUAAUAUAUAUAUGUAGGCGAUCCCCUUUCAAAGACAACUUUUAGAUUCAAAGAUUUCAAUGAAAGUGGCAUUGUAACGUAACCGAAAAAAUAGGUACGCUCAGCGAACACGCUGCAAGCCCGAGCGACUUUAAUUAUCAAUGCAGUAAUUUUAUGAAUGUUUAUGUUUUCAAGCUUGAGAACUGUGUUUUUGACAUUUUCCAAAGAGUCCAAAAGCCAACAAACAUAUCUAAAGCAUCUUUUUGAUCGUAAGACUCGUUUUUUUUGUAACUGCACAUUUACCCAGAAUUUCAUAGCCUGCUCGCAGGCCCCACCGGAAAUUUCGAAACAUCCUUUGAACAAAAUUUCAGGCUGCGAGGAGCCUAGAAUUUCACGGACGGAUUUAAACACUCAAAUUGUGUGUGCAACUGCACGUUGAAUAAACGGCGGCAAUUGGAUACGAAGAGCUUUGAUUCGUGGCUGCUUAUUACGCAUUAUGACACCCUUUAUUGUCACAGAUUAGAUGAUUGUUUUGCUCGCAACACUGUGCAAACACGAUUAAAAUGUGUCGACUCACGCAAACAAUUCAUUUGAGAAAUUUUUUGUGGUACGUACGCUGACGAGCGAAUUAUGACACGUUUUGUUUUCCAAGAGAUUAUGCAAUUGUUUUUUAUCUGUUACAAUAGCAUUUGUGAAUUAUGUAAACACGAUUUAGUCUUCGAAAUCACGGGCGAGAUUUCCGCGUUGUAUUGCGUUCCUCUUUAUUGUUUUAUCCGAGUUUUUACCCCGAAUUCCUAGCGUAGUGUUGAUGAGAAUUGGCAGUCACGAAUUUUUACAGCCGACAUUUCAAGCUUUAGAUUAACAAAAUAUAAGGUUCGAUGAGUGUUCCAACUACGUUUCAACUUAAAUAAAACACAUGAUAAUGUUGGGAAAGCAUUAAAAAACAGCUAUAAACCAUGGUCGUGCGACUGCCAGGUCUCAUUCUUACUGAACGUAUAGGGGUAGAAUUUGGAAAUAUUAUAGCUAUUCGGUAUAAAAAAUGUUUAGUUAAGGAUUCCUCUUGUAAGGAUUCCCCCUUACUGGACCUCCAGGAAGAACGUCUGACAGCACAAACCAGUGAAAAUAGUAGCUUAUAGAUUUAUUUUUAUUUUUUCCAAUACAUGAUCUUAUAUGACAGGCUUCAACAUGCUAAAUCCUAUAUGUUUCAACAUGCUAAAUCCACUUUUCUCAUGCUUAAUGACUUUGGAGGAAAUUGCAAAUCUAUUGUCAACGCUCUUUAAUUAAAGUACAUGUGAAAUGAAAGGAUGUGAGGUCAUACAUAUAUAUUUACUAAUUACGCCGGCAGAGCCCGAGAGCCUGGGCAGAGCCAGAGUCGAAGGCCUUCCUGCGUUUUUUUUUUUUUUUUUUUUUUUUGGGGGGGGGGGGUGUCACAAACGUGACAUUCCAAGGAAUCGCAGGCUCAUAAUAGUGCAACGAUAGCUAAAAUGAAAGCCCUCUUAAUUACAUCAAUUGAACUACCAAACAAGUUUGUAUUUGUUUUUGUUUGUGGAAACACCACGUAAAUUUAUUACUGCAAAGCUUUCGAUCCGUAAGCCCGGAUCUUCAUCAGUGCUAAUAAUAUGAGGCACUAGCAUAUUAUUAGCACUGAUGAAGAUCCGGGCUUACGGAUCGAAAGCUUUGCAGUAAUAAAUUUACGUGGUGUUUCCACAAACAAAAACAAUUAUAUUUUAUCGCCAUGCAAACAUUCAAAGAACUUAUUAAGUUUGUAUUUAUAUUACGUAUUCAUACACGUUCCGAACACCUAUAAAAUACGGUUUAUAACAAAAUAUAUUUUGUCAAUGUUUGCUGUUUUCAGCAUUUUGUGUGACAUAAAACUGUGCAUAAAACUAACAUAUUUUCAGAUGAAGCAAAGCAAUUUGACAACAGUCAUAUAUAAACUGUCUGAGGUUAUCGUUGUAAAAUCAACAUUGUCACCAUGAAUGAAUGUGCAAAUAACUAUUCUUUUUCUUACUACACUUAAAUACUUUAUCACCACAGUCAAACGAUGAAGUCAAGUCUUGAAGUUUGCAUUUUCAUCUGUUUUAUAGCUCGCUUUUUUAUUACAAACCUGUACAACCGAGGCGCCCCCAGUUUACCAAUGGGCAUGCAAUGGCAAUGGCAAUGGCAAUGGCAAAGGACAAUUUGCAUGUUUAAUCUAACCCAUUGAGUGGCAGCACUCCCCCUGGGUUCGAAUUAGCGGCUUGCUAUUCGCAAUUUGCGUAAAUGUAAAUUCGCUUUUUGCGAAUGCAAAAUGAUUCAUUGAUUACAAUGUAUUAUAAGGUUUACAUAAAAGGUUGAUUUUCACAAUCACUUCGAAUGUAUUUAACUAUAAUGGAAGAUAUGGAGUAUUUUGCUGACUAUUAUUGUAAUUUUGUACUAACAAGAUGUGUGAAAUGAACAAUAUGGCUACAGACCUGCCAACCCUUGAGUAGCAGAAAUAGCGAGUUGCUAUCUAAAAAGUCGUGAGAUUGACUGAAAAAUCGUGAGACUUAGAAAUUUUCAGGUUUGCUCAUUAAUAUGACCAGGGUUAACUUUAACAACACUAGAAAAUAAUCAAUAGAUAUUCAAUCUUAUGAUAGUAUGCAUUUAUAUUUUGUUAAUAUAACCGUAAAUGCAAGGCUUAUUAAUUUAAAAAUAGGUUGUUUUUUCUUUAUGGCUUUAGUAGCUCCCAGUGUCAGUACGAGUUCCUUGGAAAUAUAACGCAAUAUAUGUACAAAAACAAGAAAACUACGAGUAAUAUCAAGACUAGCAGGACAAUAAACUUAGCAGGACGCGCCUUUUACUUUGUAACACAAACACUACACAUACUAAAUUCUGGCGUUGUACAUUGCGCAUUAUUAAUAGUAUACACUAAUGAAGUGCGAUGUUUCCUUGGAAGAGUGUGCCUUAUUGUAACUAGAUGUUGCGCUCUUCAAUGAUUUUUUUAAGUUCCGAAAAUCGUGAGAUUUGGUGACUUAAUCGUGAGAUCGUGAGAAAGCAUAAAAUCGUGAGACAUGGUAGGUCUGUGGCUACAAUUUCUUCAGAAAAUUUACGAAAUUCGCUAUGAAAUGACCGCCAUUUUGUUUUUGCAAGCAGUGUUUCCACUCUUCAAAAUUAAAAUGUCCUUCAAAUUUUCAAGAAGGAAAUUUGCGAAUCGAUAUAUAUAUAUGUUUGUAUCACUAUGGAAAUUGUUACCAUUUUCGGCUUAAAAAUGGUAACAAUUUCCGCACGUAAUACAAACAUAUACAAAAUAUGCAAACUUCGCAAGACUAUAUUUUCAGUAUUUUACAACAUUUCGUAACCAAGUUUUGCAAUUUUACUAAUUUUAAUAAGUACUUUUCUAGAAUUUACUUUUUUGCCUGGAUCAAAAAGCAGUCUAAUCUUUCAUGCACACAUAAAAUAUCUUUUACACGAUGGAUAUACCUUAAGCAUACCAACUCACACUUGUUGCAGGACAUCAGCAGCUAGCAUUUCAUCACUCAUUGUUAUAUCUACAAACCUGCUCAGCUUUUUCAGGUGAUUUAAAUGGUCAAUUGAAUCUGCACAAAGUGGCUUCAUUUUGGACAACAUCGACAACGCAACCAUCAAGUUUUUUGGGAAGAAUUUCAUCUUUAUUUAAUUGACUUUCAGGUUUCUUUUCCCUUACCCAUAUCACAAUAGCAAGCUGAUCUAUUUCUUUGCCUUAAAACCUCUUAUAAUCUAUAUCGACGGCGGUAACAUUUGGCUUUUUCAGCAGAUCUUCGAAAUGGCGCUUUUGCACCUCUUUUAGUUUUUUUCUUUCUUCAAACUCACUGGCAACCUUUGCUUUAAUUUCUUCCUGUGUUAAUGACGACCAUACGGUGUUACCCUUGAAAUCUUGUGCUUGCUUUGAUUUCGCUCCGACGUUCGUCAUUGUGUUCUUUUACAGACAAAAAUACAAGUAAUUUCACCAACUCUUAUAAUUCAACUAUUUUUGCCUUUGCAAAUAAUUGCCGAAGUCCUCGGCAACAAACAGGGAGUGAAUUUGACAAAUUGAGAAAUUUUCCUUGCCUAACAAUGGGUCAUUCCAGAAAACAUCCAUACCACCCCCAUGGAGGAAAUAGGAAGUUAGCCCCCUCUAACCCUUUUGGAUGUCCUAAUACAUUUACUAUUAUCAGAAACAAUUUUUUCUCCCCUCCUCCUCCGGACAGCAGAAAUUUCCUCCGUGGGUGAAGUGUGGAUCUUUUCUGGAACGACCCAAUUAUUUUCUAACAUUGUACCUAUAUAGGCUGCAGGGUCAUUGUACCUAUAUAGGCUGAAGGGCGUGUUUCUAAAUUUCCAGGAUGUGCCCAUGUCAAUUGCCUUGAAUCAGCUAAAAACACGAUUCCAGUUAUGCUUAAUGUCAACAAUAGACUAUACCUGUGGUUGUUCUAUGCUUUUCAACCAUUAAUACAAGGCGAGCAUACGCUCAUAUUUCGCACUGACAUUAUAAUUAAUUACUGUAUUUUAGCAACUCUUAGGCAUUUAAAACCAUUUUAAAAACACUAUGGUGCCCAUUAUCCAUCAAAACAUUAAAACAUCACAGAUCACUUUUACCAAUUUCAACAACUACAGUAGAUUUUACAAAGAAAUUCUGUAUGUUGUUAAGUAGCAACACCUUAUUUUAUGAACCUACAUGCACAUCCAAAACUAAAUAAUGAAGCCGCGUUCAUUUCAUCUAGCCGUGUUUUUACAUUUUUGGCCGCAAUAACACAGCCAACACGGCCUUCUAGCUAAGAUUUGAAUUUCAAGUUAUUAAAGUGGUUUUGAUAACCCAAAAAACCAACAGACGGUGUAGUUUGUAAAUUUAAGCAAAAAACGAACAGACACAUGUACUUUGUAAAUAUGAAAAUUGUAACUUGCCUCCGCAAUUGCCAAGUGCUGAGGCAAAUUUUCGAGGGUUGUUCACUAAUUGAUAUCAUAUAAAUAAUAUAUCUUUCCAGGGCUUUAUCCAAGCACCAACUGACCUCCAGUAAACGAAACGGAUGUCAAAACUCAAUCUUGGAUUGAGUUUUUAAACUGAAUCUUUCCCCCAACGAAAAGAAAAAACAACAAAAAAUCAUUUUCACAUGCUUUAGUUUUUGGGAUUCCAAGAAACAGGGUCAUCUGAGCUGGGGUUUUUUUCCAAAUAAAACGACAUGUUUAUGAUAUAAAGCUACCAUGCUUAAUAGAUGGCAUGCAUGUUAAAAAAAAACAAAAAAAAAACAAAAAAAAAAACACCAUUAAACCAUUAUUAUGUUUGGAUUUCUGGUAAAAAUUUCGAUCAAAUCAGCACAAAAUGAAAUGGGAUGAUUGAAGAAUAACAAAUAUUACAAAUAGAAAGUAAAUUUUUCGAACUAAAAUCUAAAAUUUACACAACCUUGAGCUGGAAAAGUGAAUUAAAACUGCAGAAAAAAUACACUCGAAUACAAGUACAUCGAUGCAUGGACUCUUUGGUAUUGUGCAAUGUUUACAAUAAAGAUUACAUAUAUAUCAUUCACAAACCAUGCGGUUACAUUCGAGCAACGUGGCGGCAACAUUAGCCUCCUGCGCAGACGUUGUUAGUGGCCCGAGGCCUCACCUAACGUCUGCUCACAUUCGCUAUACAUUUGACUUCCCGGCAAUUAACCAAUCACAAUCAUCUACACGAUAAUUGGAAGAUCGGCCUUCAAUGACCUUCACACGCAUGGGCUAUAUCAACAAGUCUGUAGUAUUUUUAAAUUUGAAAGUUUUAACACUGCGUAUUAGAAAAAGGCUUUUCAGUCUAUUAUAAACGAAAAGGAUGUUUUCGUAAAUCUCACAACUGACGCAGGAAAUCACUUAUUUAUCACGCCGUUACCGAAACUAUUCAAUGUAAUAUUCGGAUUUAAAUAUUUAAACAAAUUGUAAACAUUGUAAACAUUUAGUAAUCGUGGUUUCGGUUGAUAAAUUCAAUACGAGAUCAAGUCAAAAAAUUACACGAUCUAGGAGUCAGUGCUGUGUCAUUAUUAAGUUUAAUCGAGAGCGAUAAAGAAGCGAAGACAUUGGAAGAUGGGAAAUAUUCUGACUGUAUUAUAUGGCACAGCAGAGUCAUUGCUGAAGACAAAGUGUAUGGCAGAACGGUUUGUGCUUUGGCUAUUGAUGCAUGAAGCUCAUUUCAGUAUGUAUUAUAAUAAAUCCUAAACAUGUGUUUGCAUUUGCAAUUCUCAAAGCCACAGCAAUCGAUCGGCUUUUUGACCAUUUUAAUUAAUAGUCGUUAUUUUAUAUUGUCUUGAUUUAUACGUUGCCUCGUAUUAUCUAUUAUCUACGUAGCACCAGCAAGUUUAUGAGCCAUUCUAGUUAAUAUACAUGCCCCAACCCUCUGAUGUAAACCCUUCAUAAUUGCCCUCAUAUAAACUUGCAUGCUAGUACUACAUGCAAAUAGAUAAUACGAGGCAAUGUAUAAAAAGACAAAUUCAAUUUAAAUAAACAAUAUAAAAUAUUAAUGAAUAAUGACUAUUAAAAUGGCCAAGCCCGAUCGAUUCCUGCAUGUGUCUUUGGGAAUUACAAAAGCGAACACAUUUUUAGGAUUUAUUAUAAUACAUACCAUUCUUUAAUCGCAUGAGCUUCAUGCAUCAACAGCCAAAGCACAAACCAUUUUGCUAUACGUACAAUUUGUUGAAGCAUUCGUUUCCAUCGUUCGGUCUUCAACAAUGACUCUGCAUAUAAUACAGUCAGAAUAUUUCCAUUCUUCCAAUGCCUUCGCUUCUUUAUCGCUCUCGAUUCAACUUAAUAAUGACACAGCACUGACUCCUAGAUCGUGUAGUUUUUUGACUUGAUCUCGUAUUGAAUUUAUCAACCGAAACCACGAUUACUAAAUGUUUACAAUGUUUACAAUUUGUUUAAAUAUUUAAAUCCGAAUAUUACAUCGAAUAGCUUCGGUAACGGCGUGAUAAAUAAGGGAUUUCCUGCGUCAGUUGUAAGAUUUACGACAACAUCCUUUUCGUUUAUAAUAGACUGAAAAGCCUUUUUCUAAUGCGCAGUGUUAAAACUUUCAAAUUUAAAAAUACUACAGACUUGUUGAUAUAACCCAUGCGUGUGAAGGUCAUUGAAGGCCGAUCUUCCAAUUAUCGUGUAGAUGAUUGUGAUUGGUUAAUUGCCGGGAAGUCAAAUGUAUAGCAAAUGUGAGCAGACGUUAGGUGAGGCCUCGGGCCACUAACAACGUCUGCGCAGGAGGCUACGGCAACAGAGCCUAAGGGGCCGAUUACAUGGAGAAUUUUCAACCCUGGGGUUGAACUCAGCCCUGUUAACCGGGUUGAAAUUUUUUGCGAUUACAUGGACGAUUUCAACCUCGGGGUUGAAACGCUAUAUACUCUAUCUUCUCGGCAUCGAUUCCCGGAAGAAAAAAGUCUUUAUUUUGUUUUCUUGUAAUAAAUAGUCACUACCACAUAUGCUCGAAUAAGUCAUGAUAAUUUCAGCCCUGGGUUGAAACGAUUGCAUGACAAAAUUUUCAACCCAGGGCUGAGUUCAACCCUGGGGUUGAAAUUUCAACCCUGCUAGCUGAAGCAGGGUUGAAAUUUCAACCCCGGAGUUGAACCUUGAACUCAGCUCUGGGUUGAAAAUUUUGUAGAGUUUUGUAUUACAGACAGGGCUGAAAUUUCAACCUGGUAAACAGGGCUGAGUUCAACCCCGGGGUUGAAAAUGCUCCAUGUAAUUGGCCCCUAAACAACAAAAGCUUUCAGGAACUUUGCCGCUUUGCUACAUUCGUGUGUCACAAAAACUAAAUCUUCUUUUCUAAAACGGGGGUCAACAAAAGUGCUUGGAUAAAUAAAGCCCUGCUUUCCUGACCGCUAUAAAUAGUAUAUGUUUUGCAAGCAACUCGUGACACGGUUUAAUAACUCACAGAAUCGUUCACUGAGACCUUUUAAGAACAAAUAAGUCUUUUGUCUGCACUGGCAAAUGUUUGCCAGGGCAAUAAAACAAGUCAAAUGUUUGACAACUCCCUAUAAAUAAUACCACGGUUUUAUUAACUGUGAUAAUACGGACCAACAAGUCGUAUUAUUAUUAAAACUAGCUGUAAACAUGUAUUAAAAUACGGUGGAUAUAAGCCUAGAUAACGGACGAAAGCAAGUGAAUCAGUUCACUACGAAACUGUAAACAGUACAAAUAAGAUAAUGUUGUAGUACGAUUGAAUAUAAAAGAAAAACUCACCGUAUUUACUCUUUAGAAUUGUCAAUUUCUGCCUUUAUAUUCUGUGACACAGCCCACGUGAAAGAGGAAUUCUAAUCUAAACCGGCAAAGCGCCUGGGGACGAGGCUGGGUGGUUCAUAUUUAUUAGGUGCGCAAUGCAGGCUGGAGGAUAUAUAAGACAAUAGAAUGCUAAUAAGGAGCUAGACCGAUACGACGUUUAUCGUUAUGUACUAACGGCGUCGAUAUCGAUCGAUCACUCAAACGACCAUCAGUCUAUCAAUUAGUCUACCAAUCAAGCAAUCAAUCAAUACAUCAAUUAAUCAGUUGAUCGAUGAGUCAAUUAAUCAAACAAUUAAUCAAUUUAUUGAUCAGUCAAUUAAUCAAACAAUCAAACAGUUCAUAUUAAUCAAUUUAUCGAUUAGUCAAUCAAUCAAUCAAUCAUUUAAUCAAUCAACCGAUCCGUUAAUUAAUUAAUCAAACAAUACAUAUGAAUCAAUUUGUUGAUCAGUCAAUUAAUCGUUCAAUUAAUCAAUUUAUCGAUCAGUCAAUUAAUCAAACAAUUAAAGAAUAUCAAUCAAUUCAUCAUCAAUAAAGAAACCACUCGUUAUAAAUCGUAUAUAUUUCUAUCGUGUUUCUAGGUUUCAAACUUUACAACGGAGUAAAGAGAGCAAUGCGACCAAAGAGGUUUUUAUGAAAGUCAUAUACAGGAAUGAUGGCUACAGUAUACCAUACGGGAUGACCGUUGUCUGCCCGACGGUCCAUAUGAAUAACUGGAUGACUGAAGUUCCGGACACUUUUAGUUUUAAUGAAAAUUUGUGGCAAGUCGAUAAAGAAGGUUAUGAUAAAUGUGAGGUAAUUGCAACAAGUUCGUACCAGUGAACUACAGACGGUACCGUUUCGGCCUUAUGGGCCUCAUCAGUGUAGUGCUGUUGAGCAGGAUGAAAGUAACUGCUAUUUACAGUUACCUUUGAUGCCUCACGAACGUGGGACAUCAAAACCAUGCCAGAGCGCUCAAACUGCAAGCAGUGAGCGUGGGCAAUGCGUAAGCGGCAAUGGCUCAUCCUGUAGAGCGCUCAAUAUGACUUAAAGGCCUCACCACAGAAUAGGAAGUUAUAGCAGAAGCGUAACUCUAGUCGUUUUCCUUAUUGUUUGACGUCCACGAAAAUUUUAACUCACUCACGCCAAUCCACGCCAUCCUGGCUAGUACAGCCGGAAGUUUUUAUCAGGUUUUGGUAGGUACAAAGUGCCGGUUGUGCUAGCCAGGAUGGCGUGAUUGAUGACGAAUCGCUUGUAAAAACGCGGACAAAUACUUGCUUGAGUUACGCUUCUGCUAUACCUUCCUAUUCUGUGGCCUCACGGUCGAUUUUCCCGCCAUUUUGGGGCACUGCCUCUCCCACGUUUGAGAGUCUCCGCACCACGAAAUGCGACUUUUUAGUAUUGUAGUUGUUUGUAUAAUGGUAAAUUUAUAGUUACAACUUUUAAAAGUCGCUCUUUACGUUGUUUGAAUUGUCUAGAAUCUUUCACGAGGGCAGACAGCACCCCCAAAAUGGCGGAUUUUGGCCUUCGUGAGAAAGCGAGGCUAAUUGACUCAUAACGUACAUGUACCGGAGACCGAGUAUAUGCAUAUAGAAUUCGAAUACAGCUAUUUCAAUUAAGGUUGUCCACGAGCAAAGCGGAAAAGUCGACGAAUAUGAGCGCGAAAGGCUGUUGGGAAUCGCUAUGAAAAUCAUUAAUCUAUUAGCGAUUCCCAGCAACCUUUCGCGCUCGUAUUCGACUUUUCCGCUUUGCUCGUGGACAACCUUAAUUGAAAUAGCUGUAUGUGCAUAUGAAAGUGUUUAAACUAUUCAAUCAUCAUUUGAAUAAGCAAAAGUUGCUCAAAAAUAUUUCCCUUGUGAUUGACUUGCUUUAAAUUAGAAAAUAUAAAUCCCAUAAGUGCAUUUUCCUUCAUUUUGCUUUACACAGAAGACAAAAUAUGCUAGUACAUGCAGAAAUGAUUUAAAACGUCUCUUUUCCUUGUGUGAAAUAGUGUUUUGUUACCAUUAGGUGAACACGAAUGGAAAUUCGAAAGAAAACAGACUUAUCUUAACGUGUGAGGACAAAAUGAAAAUAAAGACGAAGAAUUUUUUAUUCAUGAAAACGUGGGGUUUUGGUCUCACUCCAGAGUUCGAAGAAGGAAAACAUUAUUACUUUAUAUGUAAGUAGUCCCUCUCUUCUUCCAAUGGUUAUUUUCCCCAUAGUGGGGAAAUGACCAUUGAAACUGACUCGUGAGUUUUCCAAGAGGGCCCUGAAGGGGUAAAAUGGGAACUGGGAUUGAUCUAUUUUCGGACUGGGAAAAUGGGAUUUGGGUUGCUGGGACUGGGAUUUGGCCACUGGGAAUGGGAAAUGAAGUCCUCAAAAAUGGGAAUGGGAUUGAGGUAAUGCGAGUCGAUUCCCAAUUUUUCUGCGUUUUGAGUAUUUUAAAAUACAAUUUUGAUCCGUUUUUGGUGUCUUUGGUCAUGAUUUUUGUUGUUAACUAUAUUAUUCACAGCACUACCUGCGAACAGGCAUACUUUGGCGCCCGGAAUUCUGGGUUUUCUGAUUAUGCGUGUCUCAGAAUGCUGCAAAUGUCGUUUCCAGGAUUCAAAUUUUAAAAUUUUCCGUGCUUUUGGCACGAGCCCCCCCCCCCUAAUUUUUAAAAAGUGUCUGCCACUUGCUUAAAAGGUCUUAAAACUGUUUAUUCUACCGAUAAGUAAAGGAUUUUUUAUUGACUGGGAUUUCAAUAACUGGGACUGGGAUUUCUAAUAAAAAUCCAACUGGGACUGGGAUUUUGCCAAAAUUUCAGGUGGGAAAUGGGAUUGGGACCCCCCUUCAGGACCCUCUUCGGACUCGUGCUAUUUUGAUGCUCUUUGAAAAACUUACUCGUGCAUGUUUUAUCCAAAUUGCACUCGAAACCAUGCUAUUACCUAUACUAACUAUGUUUAUCCUAACCCACCCUGUCUACUUUCCCUGUGAGCGGAAACUGGAACGCCCCGUGAAAACCCACGACUUUCGGGGCAGAGCGUUGAAAUCCGUCAAUCAGUUCGUUCGUCCGUUCUUCCGUCACUCCACGGUGUGGCACUUUUAUUAAUUUAAUUAAAGUGUGCUAAUCAUCUUUGACCGAGUUGAAGCUGUCUUGGGCGCCUUUAUAUGACUCGUCUUUUGCCGGAUUACGGAGCAGCUACGGUGGAAGGGUCAGGGCCGGCGCUAAAGGGGUGUGGGAGUAUAACACCCCCCCCCCCAGUCAGCAGAAAUAUUAAUUAGGGGUUGCAUUGACUCGGCAAAAUUUACCUUGAUAACUCAGCAAAAUUCACGCACCCCCCCCCCCAUUCAAAGACGUCUAGCGCCGCCCCUGGGAAGGGUCAGUUAAGGGGCGAAUUCCAAUCUGCCCUGUCAAGAAGCUGAAGAAUACCCACGACUUUAAUUCGGUAUAGCAAUAAAUACAUCUAUGGUUUUGGCCAGGGACGCCGGAACGAUGUGACGGCAAGGGGAGCCGAUUUUCGUGGAAGGGCACUUUUGAAUUGAUAUAUACUAAGAGAUGUUUGCAAAAAAUCGGGAGUUGAACUUUGCCUAAUCAUGUUUUCUAUUUAUUGGAUGAUAGGGGUGUGAGGGGGUUCUCCGCCAGGCGAUUGUGCUAUUCUUGAAGCUCGAUGACUGCAUUUCUUGCGUUUUCUGAAGCAAAUUCGUAAAAGAAUUACACUAACAUUUCUGUCAUUUCGCUAUUUCGCCAAGGCAAUCCUUUAAAUUGAAAGGGCACCUUUGCCCCCCUUGCCCCUCCUGGUAAAGGGCAACGGGGGAGGCUGCCCCUCCUGCCCCCCCACUUCCGGCGUCCCUGGUUUUGGCAAACAAGAGAUGGCCUUGACGUGAGAUAAAUGUUUAAUAUUGUUAUAUUAACAUUUAACAUUUCGUGCACACAACCAACUGUGGUUUUAUUCCCGUUUGACCGGGGCAUGAAGUUUAUAAAGCUCUCAGGCAAACUUUCGCUUGCCAACUCUUGUUAAUUGAUUCAACCCUUGUUUCAUUAUACAGUAUAGCGCGCUGCGGUGUUCGGGAAAAUAUACCCAUGUGAUUAUAAAGCGUCUCCUGGUCUGAGUGUAUGAGCGAUCAUUAGACAAUUAAAUCAUUGUUUAGAACAACUAAAACUUUUGACGAUUGUUCGCAUGCGCAUGAAACAAUGGCGGUUAUAUAAGAUUGAUAUUGAAAGGCUUUUCGUGGCGACAAGAGUCUGUGCGCUAAAGACAGCCUAUAAUUAAAGGAUAAUUAAAGCAUAAAAGCGAAGAUCAAAAUAGUAACGAUGUGUUUUAAAUAAAAUUUUCGAGAGCCUUAACCUAGAUUCUUGUAGGAAUACCAAAUUGACAAAAAUGUAUUACCCUAGAUAUUCUAAUAUAAGUUCCGCGUUCCCGGAAUGUGGGGUAUAAUUGAUGUUUGAGAUGGGGUAAAAUGGGUAGGGGGUUUCUAGUAAUGUACUUACAUGAAUUUUCAUGGCCCUGCAAUUUCUCGAGAAUGAAAGUUGAUGAGAGCUGAUAUAGUCACGAACUGCUUUUCAGUGGAUAUUUCAAGCUCUAGAUUAACAAACUAAAAGUUUGAUGAGUGUUCCAACUAUGUUUUAACUUAAACAGAGUACAUGAUAGUGUUGGGAAAGCAUUAAGAACAGCUAACCAAGAUCGCGUGACUACCAACUCUCAUCCACUCUCAUAUCCCCGUUUGACCAGACCUUAAAGGCUGCUUUAUACACAAUAAAAGUUUCUGUGAUUACAGUAGGUAUUUUGCACAGGUCAAUUCCAAGUUUUGAAGGUUUGUAAGAAAUGUUUGAAGCAACCGACUCCGUGUUUAACACUUAGUCAAUUACCCUUUCUCUCUUUCUUUCUUGUCUGCAUUGGUUAAUAAGAAUUAUAGAUGCCGCCCAAAAAUGGCGGAUAUUCGUCAUCGUGAGAAAGGCUAUUCCCUGAAACAUUUCUUACAAAGGAAGAAGAAUAAAUCAUGUCCGUGAUUUCUGGACAUGGAUCACAGAAACUUUGAUAGUGUAAACCAGUCUUAAAAUGGCUCGAAUAGCAACUGGCACUGGAUUAUAUUAAGAGUCUAACUAUUGUAGUGAGCUCAUCGGUUUUAUUGCAUCUUUUGUUUAUAGCCACAAGUAACGGGGAACAACCUGAACUAAAAACGCGCAAAGUUAGUGGAAAAGACGGGAGCUGCGAAAAACAUCACAUGAAAUUACAUAUAUAUGUUUGCGUUCAGAGCAAGGGUAAGGGAAUUUAUACCAUUCACUAUUCCGAAUCAAUCGAGAUAUGCAAACUAUAUAGUGGCGUGAAACAUUAUCUACACAUGCAAAAAUCUCACACAAUGAAUGGUGUAACGUUUCAAGAGAAUCCUUCCAUGUGGGACAUGCAUCUAGAUGAAUUAAUGAGUAAAGCCUGUAGCAGAAUGUACAUUAUUCGGAUUUGCAAAUACUACGGGUUUUCUAGGAAAGAGCUGGAUCUUCUGUUCCAUAGUCUUAUUUUAUCAAUAAUAGUUUUUGGUAUAGAGGUCUGGGGAUGUGCGUCGUAUUCUAAGUAUCUUAGUCAAGUAGAUAAACUUUUAAAACGUGCAUAUAAGUAUGGAUAUCUUAUGUAUCAGGUAUCGAUUGUUGAUAUAUUAAACAAUAAAGACAGAGAUUUAUGGGAGAAAAUAACUACGGAUCCCAACCAUGCCCUACAAGUUUUGCUGCCUCCUAGUCGUCAACUGGAAUUACGCAAUCGCGGACAUGAGUAUGAACUACCGAGAGUUCGAACAGAAAGGUUUAAAAGAGUGUUCGUUAAUAGAUGUCUUUUUAACUUCAUAUGAUAUUUUUAAAUUAGAAAUUAACUUCUUAGGAACUUCAUUAAACAUUACAAUAAUGGUAUUUUAAUCAAUACUAAUUCAGAAAUUAGUAUAAUAAUUAUUGAUAAGUAAGUGCAAAUUGUAAGCCCGCACGUUUGUUGUGAGGUGUUGCUUUUAAUAUUUUAAUAAAGAUUUAUACAUAGCACGUUUGCUAUGCAACAAGUUGUGUUCGCACUGUUUGUCCCGAGGCCAAGUUGUCAACAACAAGCAUGGAACAACUUAACUUGUUAACAGCCUUGUUGAUAUUAUCAGACUUGUUGCAAGGUUGUUCCAACAAGUCCGAUACAAUCAUGAUGUAACAAUACUGUUACAACCUUGUGUCGUCGACCUUGUAACAUUCUUGUUAGAUUAUGGCCGUAUCAGAUUUGUUAGAACAACCUUGUAACAAGUCUGAUGACGCCAUCAAACUUGUUACAAGUUGUUUUAAAAAAAUUAACAACUUCAGAUUAAAACUUUUCAACAAUUGGGAACAAGCAGUGCGAACACAACUUGUGAACAGAUUUGUAGCAACUUAUGUUUGCAGACCUGUAACAACUUGUGCGGUUUUACCUGUGUAGUCGACGGCAGGUAUUAGCAAUUUAAAAUUUUUUACGACAUUUUGUACUUUUGACUGAAAAUCGUACGUGAAUUUAAUAACUUCUUUAUACAAGGAGCACAUAGACUUAAAAAACUUGGUAACAACCAAUGAAAAUUAUGCUUAUAAUAAUUGUUGCUUAUUUACCUCGACUUUGGCGAAUAAUUCCUGAGUAUCCCUAAUUAUAUUCUGAUAAUCUUUCUUUACAGAGGAUUGUGUUUAUGAAAUGCCCAAAUGCGGGCCACCGCUCGAACUUUUCAGGGAGAUGCACCUGAUUGCUGGCAAGCUACCCGCACCUACAAAAGCUCCUCGCCCGAAGACAGUCCCGAAGGUUCGCACCCCCCGGAAAACUGAACCGAAAAAAGGAAAUCAAGUCAUGAAACCAACAACCCCGGGGGAUGUUGGAGAAAAGGUGCCAUUAUGCAAGGCGGAAGACAAAGGCAGUAAGUGGCCAUUUUUGUAUUUUACUGCAAAACGUGUCUUUCCAGCGAGAGAUAAAACUAUAUCCCGUCCUUUUUUUACAGCUUUCGUUCAGAACGAAGUUCACGACGACGUUCACGACAAAAUAUUCGACACUAAAAAGAUUUAAAUACUUUAAAUAUCCUUAAAACAAUUCCCUAGAACAUCCCUGAAACUAUACAAACUUCCUUAUUUUAAGGAAAACCUUAAGGUUACAGGACACCCUUUUUGGCGUUUUGUGGAAAAUCGCUACUGCGCGCUCAAAAUCAGUCCGAUUUUCAUCAAUAAACAAUAAAAUAAUGUAAGAAUUAUUCAGGAAAAUCUUAAAUCGCGGUAGCUUUACGCUUUUGAGUUAUGUUCCGGCUGGUUUUAAGAUAUAUUUAUGAAAAUAUCAUUUUUAUACAGUAAAAUAGUUGUUCUAAAAAAUUGUGUUCGGAAAUUUUUGUUUAUUUCGUCAUUCCGCUGAUAUGGCGAUUCCUUUGACGACUACAAUAUAUUUCUGAAUCGUUUGAGUGAAUUGCUCCUUUUUAUUAAAAUAUCCAAAAUUAGAACAAAGCCGAACACAUUUUGAAACUGACGUCUUUAUCUAUGUCCUGUGAAAAUUUGAGAAUAAUUCGUUAAAACCCGCAGGAGAACAACUCGUUUGAAAAUCACUAAUUGCCUUAAAAUUCUUCCGGAUUUUCAAUGUUUUUCUUACUGCAAGCGAAUAAUAAAUAACUCUGCGAGUUUUCAACUUUUUUUGUUCAAACUUGGUCAGAUAGUAGAACUAAUCUAAUGCUUUCAUGGAAACCAAUAAAAAAUUUUUAGGCAAAAUUAACACUCAAAGGAAAGGUGUUCUGUAACCUUAAAAGUUGCUAAUGCUAAUAAUACGACUCCCAAAUGCGCAUGCUUCGACUCAAUAAAACCACAACAGAUUCCCAUAACAACUACAGCCACUUCACUCAAAUAUAAGAUCACAUGUUUUCCGAACUGACAAUCCAAACUUGCAUGAAGCCCAAACCCGCGCACCUUCUCCGCUACAGCCUACAGCUAGGGGAGGGACAAUGGGAAGGGUAGAUGUUUUAGUUAGAUUAACUUCAGCGAUCAAAAUGGGGCGCUCCUGAUCGCAAAAUUUUUGGGGGCCCUUUUGGGCCUAUCUACAAAGAGAGCUAAAUUUCAAAACUUGCCUACAAAGUUGGUUUCUGUUGCUCAGGACUCACGCCCGUAUUCUAAAAGCCUCACUCACACUCAAUGAGUGUGGAGGUUCAAUUUCAUUACUUAUAGAUUAGUACGACACUAAUCCUCCAACUAUUCAUAAACAGCAUUGACACUCAAGAGAAGCUCAGAUUGAACCUCCACACUCAUUGAGUGUGAGUGAGCUUUUAGAAUACGGGCGUGAGUCCUGAGCAACAUCACAAACCAACUUUGUAAGCAAGUUUUGAAAUUUAGCUCUGUUUGUAGAUAGGCCCAAAAGGGCCCCCAAAAAUUUUGCGAUCAGGAGCGCCCCAUUUUGAUCGCUGAAGUUAAUCUAACUAAGCAUCUGCCCUUCCCAUUGUCCCUCCCCUAGCUGUAGGCUGUAGCGGAGAAGGUGCGCGGGUUUGGGCUUCAUGCAAGUUUGGAUUGUCAGUUCGGAAAACAUGUGAUCUUAUAUUUGAGUGAAGUGGCUGUAGUUGUUAUGGGAAUCUGUUGUGGUUUUAUUGAGUCGAAGCAUGCGCAUUUGGGAGUCGUAUUAUUAGCAUUAGCAACUUUUGGGAGGUUCAAUCUGAGCUUCUCUUGAGUGUCAAUGCUGUUUUUGAAUAGCUGGAGGGUGAGUAGUCACAUAGUAAUUUACUAUGUGACUACUCACCCUCCAGCUAUUCAAAAACAGCAUUGACACUCAAGAGAAGCUCAGAUUGAACGUCCACUCAUUGAGUGCGAGUCAGCUUUUAGAAUACGGGCGUGAGUGUGUCACGUCCACACCAGGCAAGCUAAAAUGUUUGCUUGGCCUCGAUGAGAAUUGAACCCGAGAUACCAAAAUUUAAAGUUGCUGAGCAACUUUUACGUGUACAGGCCUGGCCAAGUCGCUCCUUGACAUUGCAAUUCAUUCUCUCUGUUCCUUUCAGCUUCAAUUCACCUCAUUUUGAAUUUUGUUCUUGGCGGAGUGGCGUUGUUUAUGGCUGUCGUUAUCAUUAUCCUCGUCUGCGGGCUAUCGUAAGUGUUUAAAGGUUCUUUACUCUUCAUUGUAAAGCAAUUUGUCAAGUAAGAUUGACCAAGUACAAAACUGAAUACGGCACAAACAUCUUAGGCCUGUUUCAAACGUCGCGCUUCUCAUGUGCCGAACGCAUUCAAAACAAUAGACAAUGAGGCAUUUCAGCUGAUUAUCUAUUGUUUUUAAUGCGUUCGGCACAUGAGAAGAGCGACGCUAUGGCGCUACAAUUAACCCUUUAAAUGGCAAUGCACUCUACUUUAGUAUUUUACUCUAACGCCAGACGAUUUUACUCGUUAAAUGGAGACUGCUGCCACUCAAUGGGUUAAACAAUGGCGAGAUUCGCUACGUUAACUAACAGCGGUUUAAGAGAAUUAUCAGACGAAAAAGAAGCGGAAAACACUAAACGAGCUACAAUUUGACUUUUACUCUGUCCCGUAAAGCAAGACAAAGUUUUGCUAAUUUCUCAUCCAAAUUUAACCACAAUUCAUCCAAAUUUAACCGUUUGUCCUUGAGUAAUGUCCAUUAGUUCUACAAAUUUUCGUAUUAGUAGAUGUAUAUAGAACAUAGUCUUAUGGAUGUAAAGUAAACACAUUAACAAACUACAAGACUCUGUCUUUAUAUCAGUAGGUUCGAUAUACGGGUUAAUAAGUGCAAGCCUAGAGAUCUGUUCAAAUAUUCAUUUCAUCAUACAGUUUUUAAAUAUUGUAACAUUUUCUCGACAGAGAUAAGAACAAGACGUACGAAAUGGAGCGACCGCCAUCGGCAAUUUCUACGACACACGGAGGACAUAUUGUGAACGCCGAGAUAGUGAAUGCCGAAAUCGUAAGGUACAGUGAUGGACAUAUAGAAUUAUCCCCUGUGAUAGUUGGCCGUACACCUCCGACAUCCCCAAAUAUCAUCAUACCACCCUAUCCGACCCUACAGAGAAUGCAUUCGCAGCGACAAAACACUCCUUCGGACAACGUGCCCAAUGAGCGCACACCGUCCGAACAAUUCCACCUUGAAGAUACCCCACCCGAUCACUCCCCCCUGGAAACUUCCCUCUCAAACGAAGUGGCAGCAUUCACCUUCCCCGAUGAGGCUAAGGCGAUGGACUCCGAAGGCAAUUCGGACGAUCACGAAAGCUCCGAAUCUAGUCUGACGACUACAGCCAUUGUGACAAACCCACGGCAUGAUCACGAAGUAGACACGUGAUGAAUUUGAAAUUUCACGUGUUGUAUGCGUAAACGCCAUCGGCUAAAAAAUCACGUCAAGUAGUACGUCAAGUAGCGAGGCCAUGCAGUUACGUCAUAAAAUGACGUAACCCAUGACGACGUCAUAAAAUGACGCAAUAGAAUAAAUAACAUUUUCUAUGGUAGAAACCAUGCAACUUUACGUGCAAUCACCCAGUGCAGAACUGAAAGACACUGUAAAAUAAUAUAUCGAAGUAUUGCCAUAAACACAUGCAUGUACAGUUUCAGGGGCCGGUUGUUCAAAGCUGGGUUAGCCUAACCCUAGAUUAGUCUAAAAUUCAAAGCAAUUUACUUCCUGACAGUUGGUCUAUAAAUUUGGAACUAUUUCUUCAGAGAUCUUGUCUGGAUCCAUAGGAGUUUACUUCUCUGAAGAUUUGAAAUAAACAGACGUGCAGAAACACACAAACUAAAAUAGCAGGUUAAAGUUAACCCAAGGUUAGCGCUAAACCACCUUUGAAAAACCGCCCCCAGGUGUAUAUUUUAGAGAGAGAAUCAUAAAGAACAGAAUGCACUAGUUAUAGACUAUUUACUUAACUUGUACAAAAGUAACAAAACAUUUUGCACGCAAAUCGGAAAACAGUUGUGAAGCAUGUUGCAUGACAAGCAGAGACAAUAAGACUGACUGCUUAUUGCAUCCUUUUCUAUUACUUUAUGCAGUGAUUUUAUCAUGUUUCGUGCUCAAUGGGUGGGUUAACUUCACUCAAGACUAAAGCGUGGUUCACACUAACAAUUUUGACAUUUGUCAGCAAUUUUGUGUUUCUGACGGAUGCAAAUGAGUGAACUCCACACAAAAGUAUCGAGUCGCUUUUCAGAAGUAAACAAUUCUAAGUCUUUUGCAUGUCAUUCAUUCGAUCACAUUUGCCAGGAGGAGAAAGAUCGCCGACAGAUCGAAUUGCUAGUGUGAAGCAGGCUUUAUACAAUAGGGAAAUGCUUGGUGGUCAACGUACUUUGCACAUAUUGCCGCUUUAUGCCUAGCCAGCAGAGCUUUGGCCGUAUUUCAACAAGGGUGGGUUGACUACAGAAUUUUUGUAGUUCGCUAUAACUACAGCUACUUCAAAAAUAUGUAGUCAGCUACAACUACUGCUACUUUUGAACAAAGCUAGUUCGCUACUGACUACAGCUACUGCUUAAAAAAUGUAGCGAACUAUUUCGCUAUUUCGCUACGCUAUAUUUUUUAAUUAGUUUUACUGUAUUUGGAGCAUCUACUAACUCACGCUGAAAUGUAACCAAUAACAAAUCGACUUACGAGUAGCAACAAUAAACACAAAGCAACAUGUUUGUAAGAACUAGUGAACUACAGUGUUCAAGAGUGCAAAUUGACAAUUGAGUAUUGAUUCUAAGCAAACCGUGUCUCAAUAUCAUGCUAUUCUAUCAAGUUGCUAAUAAUUUUAAAAAGUAGCGAAUAGCGAUUUUCUGUUCGAAAAGUAGUCAACUACUUGGCUACUUUUAGGAAAAAUGUAGUUCGCUAUAACUACAGCUACUGUUUUAUAAAAGUAGUCAAAAACUACUGGCUACUUGAAAAUUGUAGUUCGCUACAGUAGCGAACUACAAUUACUUCGCUACUACCCACCCUUGUAUUUCAAGCUCCCCCUGGAAAUACGGCCAAAGCUCUGCUGGCUACUUUAUGCCUUGUGGAAGCAAGUAAAUUUCGUUAAAUUGCAUAAUAAUAUAUUUGGUACUAAUCACAAGAUCAAUACUUGUUGACCACCAAGCGCUAAACGCAUCACUUGACUGACACCCAUCUACACACGUAAAAAUCUCACAACUUGUCAACAAGAUGUGUUCGCAACAGGCUUGUAGCAAGCUUGUCGACAAGUUGUAACAAUCAUGUUAUUUCAUCAACUUGCUACAAGGUUGUCACUCACAACUUGUUGACAAAUUGUUGAAUUGCAGGACGAUAGCAAGUUGUUGGAACAACUUGUAACAAGUCUGUCGAACUCAACAACCUUGUAGCAAGUUGUCAACAAGCCGUGGACAACUUGUUAACAAGCUGGAAGCAAGCAGUGCGAACACAUCUUGUUGACAAGUUGUUGGAAAAGCAUUGCUACAAGUCUACUGCAGGUUUGUUGCAACUUGUGCGUUUUUACGUGUGUACAGGAGAAUAGGGCUAAAGAGAGGCUUGUGAUUGUGAUGAAGAUCAAAGAGAAACAUAUGCGUGCACGAAACAUCAAGCAUGGGGAUAUAACUUUUAGCAAGUCUGCCAACAAGCCGCCAACAAGUUGUGUUCGCACUGCUUGUCCCAAGUUGUCAACAAAGUUUGAAACAAGCUGUUAACAAUUUGUAACAACCUCGUUGUUAUUAUCAGGCUUGUUUACAAGGUUGUUUCAACAAGUCCGAUACAGUCGUGAUGUAACAAUAUUGUUUCAACCUUGUGUCGUCAACCUUGUAACAUUCUUGUUCAUCAUGAUUGCAUCAGACUUGUUAGAACAACCUUGUCAGACAAGUCUGAUAAUGGUAUCAAGCUUGUUAACAGCUUGUUCCAAACUUGUUACAACAACUGGGAACAAGCAGUGCGAAGACAACUUGUUGACAGCUUGCGAACAGAUUUGUUACAACUUGUUUGCAGACUUGUGACAACUUGCGCGUUUUUACGUGUGUAAGCUAAAACGGGGCAAACUGAUGAAAAUAUGGCCAUUGGGGCGAAAGUGAAAUAAACAGCAAAGGUCCAUUAGCUUACAGACCUGGAAAAAGGCGGAAUGUCGAAAUCCUAAGGAACGUACAUUUGCCAAGAUUGAGGAACAAUUUCAAUUCCAACUUACACUACACAACUUUUGCCUAAAACUGUCGCAUGCAACCUGCUUUCAACUUGAGUUGUACUGUGCCAAUCAAGCACACAACUUACAUACGUUGUCGUAGACGAGCUGUGUGCUUGAUUUACACAGUACAACUCAAGUUGUGAACAGGUUGCAUGCGACAGUUUUAGCCAAACGUUGUGUAGUGCAAAUCAUCCUCUAUCAGUCAUUUGAGACAUGUAACAAAAAUACAGUCAAGCAUACUUUGUUGUUAAUGGCGUCAUGACUUAUGUACGCGGUCAAAUUUCACACUUUUCAGGUCUGUUUGCUCACAGGAUCGUCGUGCAACUGGUUAUAUAUGAUCGUAGGCUUCUCUGGGUUAGCAAAUUAGUGAUUUUUAGGAAUUGAGAUAUUUUUAGCUUAUAAUGUUAAUGAUUAGGUUAUCUAGGCUAGAGGUAGUGAAAUUCUAAAAUACAGGUGAAUAUAUGUUAGUCCUGUUUUAUUGAAAUUGUCCAACUUGUAACUGUUGUAUAUUAUGACUA